GUUCAAAUCGUGACCUUGAUGAACGCGUACGUUAGUAAUAUCGUACGCACUUAGAUUGAAGCUGCGGCUUACGGAUGUGAUUUUGUGACAAGUUAAAUAUGUUUGGCAAGUUUAUAAUUCAUUGAUGAAUGAAUAAGAUCAAAGAUUUAGACUUUCGGACUUUGUCGCAAAGUCCUAACGCGAACUUACAACUCUUAGUCCUUCAGUCUUCAGUAAUAAGGAUAGAAGGUCUAGUGACCUAUUUUAAUCCUUGUAGUUUGUUACACUGUGGAGGUCCAAUCUCGUCUUGAAUAUAUCAACAGAAGGUGCUGAUAUUACGUGUUCUGGUAGAGAAUUCCAGUAAUUCACUACUCGGUACGAGAAACGAAACUCCAGACGUAGACGAUUUGAUCUCGGUUUUUGGACUUUCUUUGAAUGUCCUCUCAAAUGCUCAGCCCUAAACGGGAGGAAAAGAUAGGACAUGUUAGUACCAAGGUCAUCGUUCAGGAUACGAUAUGCCAAUAUUAAUGGAUUGUAUCCAUGGAUGGAUGCAUCCAUCUGAUUGUAACUUUUCAUAAUAACUUAUAACCCUCUCUUAAUUCUAGUAGGUCCGGGUAUAUCCUCAAGGUCACUUUGGGAUAUCUCAUUACUCGUCCAUAAAUUAUAGUCUCACCGUCCUAAUGUGUUAAUGCACAUAAUUCCUAUAGCGACUAUCCGGACAAUUUACCUAUACGAAUCUCCGUGGCACUAGUUUUUCUCUAAGGUCACAGACUUCAGUGUAAAAGACAUAAGUUGCCUAAGGGACCAACUGUCCUGCCCAGGUAGAUUUUAAAACCAAUAGAUUCCAGGAACAUCAACAUUUUCAAUCUUCACACGGUAGCUAAGAUUUGGCCCUCUGGUAACACCUUUUAGAUAGGACCAUUUUUCUAAAUGUCUUGAUAGGAUCUUAAAAAUGAGUGUCACUCAAUGGUAUAAGCAUGAUCUGGAAUACCCAUUUUAAAACAAAUAGUAUAGUUGUUUAUGAUUGGUCCAGGCGUUCAGUGGUUCAAAUCCCACGAUUUCCAUCUGGUCAGUUAGAAUGUACUAUAAGUCUUUAAACGAAGUGUUACUCAAAUCCGAGUACAUAGAUCUGUUCUUGUAAAAGGGGCUACUGUACUUAAGUUUGAGUCUUACAUCUACGAAACAAAAUUUAUGUUCUUCAAGCCUCAUAAUUUGAGAUUUGAAUGUCCAAGCCUUAAACAUAUUAAAGCAUUAAUGGCUAUCCAAUGGUCUCAUUUUGUGUUAACAAUUCUUCGAUGACAUUCAUGGUCAAUACUCUCGACUUAUGGAUGUUUUCUAUCUUUUAGAAUAGCGAUUUUGGUGAAAAAUAAUUGCAUCAUUGGUACUUUCAAGCUUAAGACUUGACCACAUAACGAUCUCUUAUAAGCUUUUCUCGAAAUAUGAGCUCCGAAGCACGUAACUCAAAUGUGGCUCCGAAGAAGUUCGAUUUUAUGGAUAUUUUUUCGGAAUCCUAUUCAUUAGCACAAAAACGCAAUCAGGCGACCAAUGCAAGGGUAGAAAAAUAAUCCAUUUACAAUUUUUCCGAUAGAUUUUAGCUUUACUUCCGGAAAAUGAUUCUCAAACCACUGAAAUGGAUCCUCCUGAGGAGUCAAACGUAGACACUGAAUCUGAAUUCAUUGGUCCCUCACCAGAAGAUAUGGCUGCCGAAAACCCAUAUUAUUUACCUAUUACUCAAAAUCUAACUCUCUCUCAUGGUUGCAAACCUCUCACUGCAAUAGGUGUUGAUCCAGCAGGUGCUCGUGUUGCUACAGGUGGUUUCGACUUUGAUGUGAAACUUUGGGAUUUCGGUGGGAUGGAUAACGCAUGUCGUCCAUUCAAGGCCUUUCGUCCUUGUGAAGAACACCAAAUCAAGCACUUGGAUUUCAGUCCUUCCGGAGAACAUCUUUUGGUCAUAUCUGGUUCGGCCCAAGCUUUUAUUGUUGAUCGAGACGGAGAGGCUGUAUGUUAUACAAACAAAGGUUAUCAGUAUAUUACUGACCCGGCUAGUGCUAAAGGUCAUACUCAUGCAUUGCAUUGGGGUAUGUGGCACCCUCUGGAUUCAAACAAACUACUCACAUGUUCUCAAGAUUCAACCCUGCGUGUAUGGGAUAUAAAUGAUGCAGAGGCAGUCAUGAAUGAAACACGUAUACCUACGCAUAAAAUUGUGAUUAAGACACGUAAUGCACAAGGAAGAAAAACUAGUCCGACAUCAUGUGCUUAUUCAAAAGAUGGUCAAUUAAUUGCUGCAGGUUGCCAAGAUGGUUCUAUUCAAAUAUGGGAUACACGUAAACCUCUAGUGAAUACAACACAAAUAUGCCGUACAGCUCAUCCAAUGAAUACUGAUAUUACGUGUGUUAGUUGGUCAUGGGAUAGUAAACAAUUAAUAAGUCGUGGUAUGAAUGAUGAUACAAUGAAAUUAUGGGACACACGUGGAUUAUCUAAAGGAGCUAUUCAUGUAUUUAAAGAUUUGCCUGUAUUAUUUAAUCAAAGUGAAGUAACAUUUAGUCCAAAUGAUCAUGUAUUAGCUGUUGCUGUUAGUGUACCACGUAAUGAUCCUAAAGGAGGUCAAAUAAACUUUUAUAGAAGAGAUAAUUUUCAGCUGAUCAAUCAAUUCAGUCCAUGUCAUGGCAGUGUUAUUGGAUUAACAUGGCAUCAUAGAUUAAAUCAAGUAUUCUGUAGUUCUUCUGAUGGUGUAGCUAAUGUAUAUUAUGAUUCAAAAGUUAGUCAUAAUGGUGCUUUAAUGUGCGCUAAUAGACAAGCAACUACAUCAAGUCGUCGACGUCAUACUGGUACUGGUGAAGCUUAUAUGAAACCAAUUAUAUUAACUUAUGACGAAGAAGCAGUUCGUAUUGCACGUAAAAAUAAAAAAUAUCUUAAUCAAACAGAAAUUGAUUCAGAACUUGCAAUGGCUGCAGUUAAUGCAAUUUUACAAAAAGAUCAUCAAACUAUACAAGCUGCUAAAGAAGAUGAAGCAAAACAACGUGUUCCAAAUAGAGAAGAAUCAGUUGGUAAUCGUGUUGGAAGUCUACAUCAAUUUAUGGUUCAACAAAUUGUAUUAAAAAAGAAUGAAGCUGAUGAACGAGCCGAAAAAGAUAUACGUGGAGCUAUUCUUCGUCACGCUGAUGAAGCGAAAAAACAACCUUUUUGGACUAGAGCUUAUCUAAAAACACAACCAAAUCCGAUUUUUCAUAAUCCAGAUGAAGAAGUUAAAAAAGAUGAUACACCUAUUUGGAAAAAACAAAAAUUAGCUUGAAUUUAAUGUAAAAAUUAAAAAAAAAUAUGUGAAUACUUGUGUGUGUGUGUGUAUGUUGUGUGUGUGUGUGUGUAUUGUAUUACAUUUAUUAUUAAUUGUAUAUAAAUGAAAUAACAUUGUAACAUUAUUAUUGUUAUGUAAUUAUUUCUAUAUGUUGGAUACUAAAUAAGAACAUCUUGUAAAUAGGCUGAUAUACAAGUUUGUUUGUUUCAUUCUUUCUUAUUCAAUUUUAAUGAUAAAAGGAUAAACACCCAAUGUAACAUUUAUGUUUUCUCUAAUUUAAGGAGUUAUUCAUGUAAGGUAUGUUUCUAUGUUGUUAUUUGAUUGUUACUUGAAUGGAUAAUGGUUAGAAAUUUGUUUCUAAGAUUAUGGUACAUGUUAGUAGUAGUAUCCUUUUAACUGUCUAUUUCUCUUGGAUUGUUUAUCUUUUUAUAAUUAAAGAUGAGAUCAUUUUUUUUUUACAGUAAAUGUAUGUAAAUAUUAUAGCAGUCUGGUUUUAAUCAGUUAAUGAUUUCAAUAGUAAAAAUUGCCUUGUGCAAUACAAACGUGGUUUGG